AUCCUGGAAACCCUUGCCUUUAAUAUACUGUGUAUAAAUAUAGAUAUAGAUUCUUCCAGUAUUGCUUUUCGAUUUCGGGUUGUCGGUUGAAAGAUCUGUAGCCAACGACUUCCGUCGGGUCGGAAAUUUUCUUGAAUUCCGGCGAGAGCGUGUGGUACACGUCCUGCCGAUACAUGUAUUCUGCGCCACCUGAAAACGAUCAAUUCAACCACCACAUCCUUAAAAUUCAGCGUCUUCGCUGCGAUUCAUGGCUUCUGCCGUCUUAGCUAGCAGAAAUGAAUCGAGUUGGGCACAAUCCGGUGAUGCCGGUGCUGGAUUCAUGGGGAAAACCCCUUAUUCUCAUCCCCAUUUGAAUGCUAAUCCUAACCCUAGUUCUAACCCCAAGAAAAAGCAGAAACACUUCCAUCAAAGCGCGAGCGGCCGAGCGUUUGACAAUUCCCCGGUGGUUACGCAGACUGCUUCUGAUGACGCGUAUUCGUUCAAUCAACGGCCAAUCGAAUCAAAUGGCCCCAAUUUUGGAGGCUAUUUGACGUUUAAUAUCCCAUCCUACUCGAAAUUGGAGAUCAACGAGCUUCGUAAACGUCUGGUGUCGGAGCUGGAGCAGAUCCGGAACCUGAAGGAUCGAAUUGAGUCCGGUCACCUUAGCACCACUGUCAACCACAAUCCGAGAUCUAAUGUGAAAUCAAAGAAAAUUUCCGGAAAUAAGCGGUCGGUCCCUUCCGGAUCUAACAAAGAUCUUAAGAAGUUUUGCAAUGGCUUUGAUAACAACAGGAAUGCAGGUGUUGGUGGAGCGAUCGAUGGAAUUGAUCUGGAAAAUAUGAUGAAGGACUGCCGGCAGGUUCUGGCAAAGCUGAUGAAGCAUAAAAGUUCUUGGAUUUUCAACACGCCUGUAGAUGCGGCUGCCUUAGGUCUUCAUGAUUAUCACCAGAUUGUUAAGAACCCCAUGGAUUUGGGUACGGUGAAGUCAAACCUGGCCAAAGAUUUCUAUCGGAGUCCAUCUCAAUUUGCCGCUGACGUGAGACUGACAUUCAAUAACGCGCUGUUGUACAACCCUAAAACGGAUCAAGUCCAUGGAUGGGCGGAUCAGCUUCUUGCAAGAUUUGAAGAACUCUUCAGGCCUAUCCAAGAAAAAAUCAAUAGAAUCGAGUGUGAGCGAAGGGAUUACAUUUCUGCUGCGGAUGAAUUGCAGGGGAGCUCAUGGAACCAAGACAUCCCAAGCCCAGAGAGAGGAGCCAAGAAGCACAAGGCUAUGACUAGUCCUUUCCGCCAACUUUCCAAGAAACAAGAAAGAGUUUCGAACCAAUCUAGUGCCUCUACCCCUUCCGCCCCACCACCACCCCCUCUCAACCCACCUCCACUUCAACAAUCCCCCAUUCGAACUCCAUCUCCAGUGAGAGCCCCGCCUGUGAUGCCAACAACCAGAGGAACCAUGCCCAAACAACCAAAGCCAAAGGCUAAGGAUCCGAACAAGAGGGAGAUGCAGAUGGAGGAGAAGCACAAACUCGGAAUGGAAUUGCAGAAUUUGCCGGAGGAGAAAAUGCCCCAACUAGUGCAGAUUAUAAGGAAGAGGAACGAGCAUCUGGCUCAAGAUGGUGAUGAGAUUGAGCUGGACAUCGAGGCUUUAGAUACAGAGACCCUCUGGGAGCUUGAUCGCUUCGUGACUAAUUGGAAGAAACUGGUUAGCAAAACCAAGAGACAGGCUUUAUUGGGUAAUUUGUCUGGACAGGCCCCUUCAAUUAGUGGUGCCGUCACAUCCAACAUAGAUGGCGAUGGUGAUGGGUGUGGAUUAAGCGAGAAAAUUGAUUCACCAAGGAAGCCUAAAAAGGGGGAAGCUGGUGAUGAGGAUGUCGACAUUGAUGAUGAUGAUGAGGAUAUGCCUGCCGCCAGCUUUCCUCUUAUUGAGAUUGAAAAGGAUGAAGGGGGAGGUGGUGGUAGAGAGCCUGAUAAUGGCAGUAGUAGCUCUAGCAGUUCCGGUAGCUCAAGCAGUGAUUCAUCUUCUUCCAGUGGUUCUGAUUCCGGGAGCUCUGGGAGUGACUCAGAUGCAGAUGAUGCGCAAUCUUGACUCUAGUUGGUAUAGUGUUGUAUGUUGAGAGAAUCAUCAAACUGCCUGAGCUGUGGCGCUCACCUUUUGUGGGACUGUUAUCUAAUGUGUAAUCUAAUCUUUGUAAUGAUGAGGUGUAGAUUGUGCCCAGCUUGGGGGAAGGAAAGCAGAUUCAAACACAAGUCUUAUGCAAUGGCAUCCGUGAGACCGUGAUUAGGGAUCAGCUUCUUCUAUUGUUUUAUUUUUGUAGUCGGGCUUUUCUUAGUGAUUAAUAAUAAUGUUAGGUAAUGAAAUAUAUGUUAGAUGGUUGAGAUGUACUUUUCUCCCACCCUUCCUCGUGUACAGUUGUAAUACAUGUGUAUUUUCUGCAAUUCACAUUGUUUUCUUAUUGUUGCCCAUCCGUUAAGGUUUUUUUAUUGGGGGUUUACCUUCGCAUAGCUUAAGGUUGACAACCAUAUGUGACAUAAAAGCGGUAUAAUGGUUGACAUAUUUGUUGGGCUUGUUUGGUA